UCAACACCCUCAAGAACAAGAGCAGGAGAAAGCUUAUCAGAAAGCUAUAUAGCCUUCCCUGUUAAAUAUAUAUAUACAUACAAGUAUGGAUACACUGCAUAUGUAGCUGAUCAAAUUUUGAGCGAAAGAAAAAGAAAGAUCAGAGCUUUUGAGCUAGGUAGCUUUUUUUUUUUUUUUUUUAUUUCGUAGCUUAGUUUUGAGGCCAUGGCAGAUGAAUUUCAGGUAGGGAGCGGCAACUGGUGGGACUCCUCAACAUCAUCAAGAACCAGAUUUGACAGGGGAUCAACAGCAGCAGCAUCAACUUCAGUGAAUAGCAGCAUUAAUAUGGGAAGCUUCGGGUGGCCGACAGAAAUAGUGGCGGCAAGGUCUUCUAUGGAUGCUUCCGUGUCGAUGUCGGGUGGCUCCAUGCUAUUCCCAGCUGCCGUAGAUCAUUCCUCCCAAAAGCUGCAAGCCCACGAAUCUUCUUCAGCAGGUGGCAGCGGUGAAGGCGCCAUGUUACCGGACCCCAAUUUACAAAUCAUGGGCUUAGCUCUCUCAUCUCAGACCAUGGAUUGGAACCAGGCUGCCCUCUUUCGAGGUGAAAAACCUCAGAGCAGUUUUCGUUCUAUGCUUCAAGAAGACGCAAGCACGAAUUUUCAACAAGAAUCUGGAGUAACAUCUUCUCAAGAUCAUCAGUGGAGGCACAAAUUAUAUGCCGGGAGCCCUGAUGAUUCCUCGGUCAUCACCGAAUUCAAGCCGAUGAAUCAGAGGGGACUUUCGUUGGAUCAACCGCAGUUUAGUUCAAAUAUGAGCAGUAGUAACAGCACCAUAACAUGCCAAGGUUUAAGCCCGAAUUUUCAGGUGGAAUCAGCUUCUUAUGCUGCUAGUCCAAAUAGUAUUUUACAAGGACUAUUAGUACCCGAUCAUCAUCAUCAGCAGCAGCAACAAUCGAUGAAUUAUUCAUAUCCCACGAGCUAUGGGAUGGAGAGUACAAGUAAUCAGUUGAUGCCUUCUAAUUCUUGGUCUAAAUUCCCUCAAUUUCUCAGAAAUUCGCCACCCAAACAGCAGCCUCCUCAUGGUCAGUUGCAUUUCUCCAACAACACUCCAUUCUGGAAUGCAUCCUCAACCGGAAUGAGUGAUGUCAGAUCAAGCUUGUUCCCACCACUGCAAACACAACUUCCUAUGCCGAACUUUGAAGAAAAGUCCAAGAAUGCGUCCGAAGUUCGAGAUUUGCCCGUGGCAAAGAAAAGUAGUAGUAGCAGUAGUGCACCAUCCAACAAAAGACCCCGGAACGAGACACCAGCGCCCAUGCCAGCUUUUAAGGUGAGGAAAGAGAAGAUGGGAGACAGAAUCACUGCCCUCCAACAAUUAGUUUCACCUUUUGGAAAGACUGAUACAGCUUCUGUUCUAUCUGAAGCCAUUGAGUACAUUAAGUUUCUCCAUGACCAGGUUAAUGUCCUAAGCACUCCAUACAUGAAAAGCGGAGCUCCCAUGCAGCAUCAACAGAAUCCGGACAAAUCCAAGGAUCCAGAGGGACCUAAGCAAGACCUUAGAAGUCGAGGACUAUGUCUAGUGCCAGUUUCUAGCACCUUCCCUGUCACCCAUGAGACUGCGGUUGAUUAUUGGACCCCUACAUUUGGGGGAACAUUCAGAUGAGGAGGCAAAUCCAAUGAGGCAACUAUUCAUAUCGGGGGAAGGAGCAAAAUAUGUGUAUUUGUCAACAAGAUCUUGUCAAACCCUAGCCAAGCUGGGGGAUGAUAGGAUAGCCAAACUGGAGCUAGCUAUGUGAAUGUGCUGCUAAUCCAGGAAGACGAACUGAUGGAAACAAGGGGGGGAAAAAGAGAGAGAGAGAGAGAGAGAGAGAGAUAUUAGAUGAUGAAAAAGAAAGAAAAUGAUUCGACCCUUUAGAGGACAAACAGUUGCUGGCCCAGCUACAGGCAAAAUGAUGCAACUUUGGACGAUCUUAGGGACCAGUGUAGUAGAAUAUAGUCAUGUAAUAAUUGAAGAAUUAUGAUUAAAGGUUGGUUAGGGAAUGACAAAUGGUGCUGAUUGUUUUAGGAAAUUUAUAAGCAUAUAUAGAUUAGUUUAGAGCAAAAUUUGUUGUAUGUUGUAGAUGAAUAUAAUUCGGGGGAAGACUAAAGGAGCUUUUGUUGUUACA